GUCCUCGGUGUGAGGAACUGGUUUAGCGACAUUGAUUUGAAGUGUUCUGAAGGGAUAAGGCGGAGAGCACCAGACGAGUAUCGCGGUUUACUUAAAACAGGUAUAAUGCUUCAAGUUUGCAACUGUAUUGGCUACGCAAGUUUCAGCUGCAGGUAAAUAUGGAACUCAUGUCGUUCAAGUUUUAGACUUAGCACUAGUAACCUACUAGAACUGUAUAUAAUGCUUUGGCGUCUUCAUUGCCGAAAAGGAAACAGACUACUGUAAAUUCGCUUCUCUUUUGCAUUGUGGUUAUCGCCGAAAAGUAGCCUACAAACUCAGCAAACGAAUUUUAGUUUUUUGACACAACACUUAAGUUUUCUGAAUGGAAACGAAACCACUGCUCACUGGAAGCACGGGCCAAAGAUCGGCAGACUACGGCUUUUGCUCUGGUAACCCUCCAAAAGCAAGGCGGCUGUCAUACUCAGCGUCUGGACAUUCCUGCUAUGUUGACUGGGAAGAUGAGGGACUUCCCAUCCAGCAAGCUGUUGUGUUCAUCGAAGAUGCCAUACAGUAUCGAUCCAUCAAUCAUCGAGUGGAUUCACGAUCCCUUUGGCUGUAUAGAUGGUACUAUUCCAGGAUCUAUCAAUGGGGUCUGGGUACAGUUAUUGCCCUCAUCCUGGUCUUAGCCUUCAUCGAGAGGCCGUCUUCACUCACGGCCUCCUCUGACCUUCGCUACAAAGAGCCCCACUGGGAGCCUGCGUGUGGCCUGACCGAGAGUAUCGAGAUGUUCUGCUUCUUGGUCUUCGCUCUUGACCUCACCCUGAAGGGUUAUCUGAUUGGCUGGGAUGAGUUCCGGAAGAACAAGUGGCUGAUUGGCUACAUGGUGGUCCUUGCAGGAUCUCUCAUUGAUUGGACAUUGUCGCUGAGCAUGGUUUGCGAAGAGCAUUUUAGAAUCAGAAGACUUAUUCGUCCCUUCUUCCUACUUCAAAAUUCAUCACUGAUGAAGAAAACCUUGAAAUGCAUCAAAAGGACAUUGCCGGAAAUUGCAAGUGUUAUCCUCCUCCUGGCGCUGCACUUGUGUCUCUUCGCCAUGUUCGGCAUGCUGCUGUUCACCAGGGGAGAGGACCCAGCAAAGAAUGAAGAGUGGAGGGUGUAUUUCAGGAACUUUCCUCAGUCACUGACAUCGUUACUUGUGCUAUUAACCACUGCAAAUAAUCCUGAUGUGAUGAUACCAGCCUACUCUUUAAACCGAGCGUACUCCAUCUUCUUCAUCCUCUUCAGUGGGUUUGGAACCUACUUCUUAAUGAACCUGCUCACUGCAAUCAUAUACAACCAAUUCAGGGGAUACUUACUGAUGUCCAUCCAGACGUCCAUCCUGAGGAGACGGCUGGGGAUCCGGGCGGCCUUCGAGGUGCUGAGCUGCCCAGCGCAGGGAACGUCUCGAUCUGAAGACGAUGUGGCGAGUGUGAAGGUGGAGACAGUCCUGCAGGUGAUGACCCUGGUGCAGACAAAGUCCUACUACAGACAAGCGAUUGUCGCGAAAGUCCGGCAGCUGCCCGCUGGCGACAUCCAGAGGGAGGCCUUUCAAAUGCUGUUCGAUGAGCUGGACACAGACAGGAUUAAAGAGCAUCCUCCACUGCCAGAGUACAGCUCUACUUUCAUGCAGAGACUCCAGUUCAUCUUUAGCCACUACUAUGUGACGGUGGCAGGGAACAUCAUUGCCCUGGUCAACAUUGUGUGCAUUUGUGUCGUACUCUUGGUGGAGUCAGAGAAGCCUCUCUCGGAGAGGAAUGACUAUGCUUUUGAGGUCAUCAACUGUUUCUUCAUUGUAGUAUACCUGCUUGAGAUGGUGCUGAAGAUGUUGGCAUUUGGAGUCAGGGGCUAUAUUUCUUACAAAAAUAAUAUAUUUGAUGGCUUGAUGACAAUCAUCCUUCUGGCUCUCCAGAUCUCAAUAUUUGCCACAUACAAAGUUUCAUAUCCUCACUGGUUGUCUCUGUGGGAACUGGUCCGCCUGGUCAACAUGCUCAUCAUCUUCCGCUUCCUCAGGGUCAUUCCCAACAUCAAGCUGACGGCCCUUGUAGCCAGCACACUUGUGGAUCUGGUGAAAAACCUCAGAGCUUUUGCUGGAAUUUUAGUGGUGGUGUACUACAUGUUUGCUGUCCUGGGAAUCUGGCUAUUCCAGGGAGUAAUUCCAGCUCCAGGGAAUAUGAGCCUGACCACUACCAACUUCAGCAUAGAAUGUGGCACAUACGAGCAGCUGGGCUACUGGCCUAACAACUUUGAUGACUUUGCUUCCACCCUGGUGCUUCUCUACAACAUCAUGGUAGUGAACAACUGGCAGGUAUUCCUGGAUGUUUACGCCAGAUUCACGGGUAGCGGGUGGUCAAAGCUGUACUUUGUGGCCUGGUGGCUAACCUCAUCAGUCAUGUGGGUGAACCUGUUUGUGGCUUUGAUUCUGGAGAACUUCAUCUAUAAGUGGGACCACACCAGCUCUGCAUCAGAGAUGGAGAGCACUAGAUUGCAGACAACAGUCCAGCUUAUGUUCAGAGAACACAUACAAGAGCCUACUGAGGAGGAGCUAAUGUGUCAGCUGUGCCAGCACCCCCACCUAAACCUUAACCAGUGACAGCAUCUGCACAAACACCUCACCACCAACACACUCUCCAUGCCCCACGCUGCUCUACUACACACAAUAGCACAUUGGUGUAAUGGUGGGAGGUAUCAAACGGGUCUUGACUGCAAGCUCCAUGUUGGUCAGCUGCGGGCUGCACACUGGUCAUUUGGCCUCCUAAGUGAACCAGAGGUGUGAAAUUGCAGUUCAAUCGUGCACUUUAUUCUCUUUUUUUAUUUGAUUGAGUAUGUUGACAGAUGACAAAUGUAUGCCGAUUUGCUCAUAUUUCAUAUUUAAGUGUACUCAAAGCCAAAGUCUGGGAUGCUGUAUUUUUAAAUAUGCUUUAAUAUGCAAAAAGGGACUACUCAAUUUCUUAAUCAGUGGCUUGUAUUCAGUCAACAUUUGUCAUUUACUUUGACACAUUUUCUUCUAUCAUGGCUUGGCGACUUGCAAUCACUGUGUACUUGCAAGCUGUGAAGAAAGUCGUUUUCUUUUUAAUUGUUUGUCACAGUUAAGCACAAAUGUCGAUUGAAUCACAGCUAUAGUGUGUAACUGUGUGUGAUGAUAUAGCCCAUAGUCUGCAUUAUUCCAAAGUUUCUGACUAUCUGACUGAAUUCAUGCAGUACUUCUUUUAUUUUGCUUACCAUUGUUUUAUCCGCACUGUUGUUUCAUUGAACAUGAAUUUUUAAAACAUGUUAAGCCUUUUAUUUUUGUGAUGAUGACAUGCUGUUUUAAGAAGGGAAUUUUAAAAUGAACAAGAUGCACUAGUUCUAAGUUGUUAAUUUCAUUAACUGCCAAUUGUACUGUAUGUUUCACUGUAUUUGGGUUCCUCAUUACUUAUGAUAAAGAGGGGGGUGUGAGUUCUAAAGUC